CUUCGCCUCAUCCGAAGAGGGGCGAAUUCCGGGUUCCUUUCCAAUUAUUUUGGUUUCCGUCGGGGUUUUGCCGCGGGGCCUGUGGCAAAGGACGGGGGUCGCAAGGGCUGCUCCCCGUGUCAACCAGCGGCCUUCUGGAAGGGCCCUUUGAAGGAAUUUGGACCCCCUAGGAUUGACUCGAGGGCGCUUCAGCGUAGGGUGGAGAAACAGUCGAGGGGUGAAGUGAGGUAGCCCGGGUGAGCACCUCGUGAGAAACCAGCCAGCGUUUGUCAACGCCCCCCGGCGCGGCUUAACGCGACCGACUUUCACGUCUGUUUUCACCGGGAGCUCUUGACCAGCUGACAAGACGGCGCGCGGCCUCCUCUGUAUUUUCGUAGCUCUACGGCCUUACGUUCCCGCAGAAGAGCGCCGUCUGGCGAAGCGGCACCCGGAUGGCGCUUCACCGCAGCCAGAAGCUGAACCUGCUGCGUCUUGCGGUCCUCCUGACAGUGGCACUGGCUGGCAUCAAGUUCUUCUUCCGGGACAGCUUUACACUGGACCAGCGCAGGGAAGUUAGUGGGGAAAGCCACUUCUGGGGCAAAGCUCAGGAUGUGAAACAGCCAGGCAACAACCAGGCUCGAUCGUUGGGGCAUUCGGAUCACCAGGCAAUGGCCGGAGCCUCUGGCCCAGAUUUGAAGAAACCGCCCCACCGGGACUUCAGCUCCACGCAGAUGCGGUUGGUCCAUCUGGACCUCAAAGGGGCAGCUCCUAAAGUAUCCUACCUGGAGCAGAUCUUCCCACUCUUCUCCAAGAUGGGGGCCAACGGGGUCCUGAUCGAGUACGAAGACAUGUUUCCCUUCAAGGGAGAACUGGAGAUCCUCAGGUCUCCCUAUGCUUACAGCGAAGAAGACAUCUCAAAAAUCCAGGAGCUGGCAGGCCUCAAUAAAUUGGAAAUAAUCCCGUUAGUGCAGACUUUCGGGCACGUGGAGUUCAUCUUGAAGCAUGAGAAGUACCAGCAUCUGCGCGAGGUGGAGCGUUUCCCCAACAGCUUCAACCCCCACCUGCCAGAGACCCUGGCCCUCCUGAAGGCCCUGCUCAUCCAGGUCCUCAGCAAGCACCCCCACUCCAGUUGGGUACACAUCGGGGCUGAUGAGGUCUUCCACUUGGGCGAAGGGCUGGAUUCCAAGAACUGGAUGAGUCGCAACGGAGGCGAUACGGGGAAGAUGUACCUGAACCACAUUCGGGAGGUGGUGCAGUUCAUCGUCAGCCAGCCGUGGGGGCUGCAGGUGCUGCUCUGGGACGACAUGCUGCGGAAGGUUGGCGUCGCAGCCAUCCAAGAUUCUGGCAUUGCCAAACACGCGUCUCCCGUCCUGUGGUUUUACGCUCCAGACUUCGAUACGCAGCAAAUAGGAAGGUACAUUGAAAAGUACGCCGAGUGCGGCUUCCCAACCAUCUGGUUUGCGAGCGCCUUCAAAGGCACCACGGGCCCCGCCCAGGCCUGGACCCCCUUAAACACUCACCUGCAGAACCACCUGCGAUGGCUGAAGGUCAUCCAGUCCAUGGAGAAGACGCCCUCCAUCCGUUUCCAGGGCAUCGUGCUCACCGGCUGGCAAAGGUAUGACCAUUACUCUGCUUUGUGUGAGCUGCUGCCCGUUGGGAUCCCCUCGCUGGCCAUGUGCUUGCAGACCCUGGUGAACGGAGGUUUCACUGACUCUGCCAAAAAGAAAGUCCUGGCCAUCCUUGGCUUCCAGAACCUGCACCCUGAAAAGAACACCUGUGAAGGAACCGGCACGUUUCCGGGCUCCGAUCUCUACCGCAUGGUCGAGCAAGUGGACAGCCAGCUGAAGGACUCGGUCAGCAAAGUCUUGGAGGAUGAAAGGAUUCUGUCCAAGCUUCACCGAAUCUUUUUCUCUCUCUUCGAACAUGGCAGCUCCAUCAAGGGAUGGUUCAGCCCGUAUCACCGCAAGCAUCAGUUCGGCAACCCACGAAACAUGGAAAGUUUUGGCAGCAAAGUGCUCAAAGUCCACGAAGACUGGGAGACCAUCAUCCAGACUCUGCGCUCACACCUGGAGAGCAUCUACUUCCCUGACACCGUGGAGGAAUGGAUGGAGGAGAACGUCAAUCCCCACAUGGACCGCUUGCGCGAAUUUGUCCGCGACUUCAAAGAAGUCAUCCGCCUGAAUGCCCGGCCCAAGACCCUCUAGGGAAGGGCCCCCUCCCAGGCACAAAGGGGGGGCCCAUUCGUGGUUCAGCCCAACUUGGUUUUUUUAAAAAACUUGAAAGAACUUGAGGCUGGAGGAGGGUGGGGGAUUCCUUCCAGGACAGGGUUUAGUGCCACUUCUAGCGCUGGGCCACCAAAAUCCGUUUCUAGGCAGUUUUGAUGAAUUUCCCCUCCCCCCAGGUUGGCACAUCCCCCCCUCCCCACCAGCGAUGGUGAAUCUGUGGACCUGUUUGGAGAGGGAGUAGUAAUUCUGAUGGGGGGCUCUCCGGACAGAAAAGUUUUGGUCCUGGUUUCCAUUCCUUUCUAUUUCUUCCUUUUCAAUGUGGUUUAGUGCUCUCGGGAUUGGUACUGUUGGUAGACUGGCCUUCCCCCCUUCAUGCUGGGUGGAGAAAGUGCCAGGGGGAUCUGGGGAACGACCGUCACAUUCUGACAGAGACGGAGGUGGGGGCAUUGCUGAACGACGUUGAAAAGGACGAAAGAGAAGGAGAACUUCCAUCUUUCCAGCACCCUCCUUUGAAAGUCCCUUCUCUUGUCUGAAAAAAGGGGUAGAUUUAACUUUUUAACUUGAAAUUCAUUCUCGUCGUUCAUUGGUCACAAGGUUCUUCGUUUUUGCUCAGCUGUAGCCAGGAUAGUGCAAUGGUGGCAUCUUGGAAGGGAGGCCACAAACUGGGGGAGGAGAGAGACUUUGACCCUCCCUUCAGAGUCAGCGGACCAGGCCAAAGACUCGUUCCUUGGUGGUAACCCAAGUUCUCCAGAACAUGAGAUCAAGGAAGCAGCCCUGGGGAAGGGGGCAAAACAUCUACCCCCACGUCUUGCUGCCGCCCCCAACCCCAUCUGGCAGCUCCCGGGGUCUCUUGGCAUUCCAAAUUGCCUUGCAGACCUCUAAGCUAAAGUCUUCCUGGUGGUGAAAAAAAACCCGAGUGUCAUUGUGGACUGUGAAUUUGUUUUCUCAGGGAGUGGGUCAAAGGACUUCCCAUUUGCCACCCAUCCCAGUGUCUUGGUGAGACCCCUCCCUUUGUCUCUGGGGAGGGGGAGGAAGGCGCUAGAGAGACGGUGUCCCCCACUCUGCCACCCAGUCCUCCUGCUGAAGGUGGCUCUCAUUCUGCCUGCUUGCAGCUGCUUCCCCACAGUGGUGCUGGCUCAGUUGCUUCCUGGGCAGCCCAAGCGAUUGGCAGGCGUGUAACCGAGCUCCCCACAAGCUGCCAGGUGGAAGUGGUCAGGCAUUUUGAAAAGGGCAGGUGAGGAAACAGCCCGGGAGGGAAUGCAGCAGCUGCCCUGCGGAGGUGAGUGGAGCUAACAGGUAGCCAUGGCAGGCGGGAAACCCCCUCCAGGGAGGCCUGCUGCUCCCUGGAUCCUGCCAUACUUCUCUUUGCUGAUGUGCAGGUCAGAGCAGGUGCACCUUGGUCUGGUAAGCCUACGGCUUUUCUCCUAAUCCCGUCUUGGCUGGGUGUCAAAUUCUGUGUGCAAGGGGCCCAGAGCUGCUGUUUGGCGCCCCCUGAGCUGCAUGUAAGUCCUUGGCUCCUGUAAUGGUGAGGCGUGGAUCCCCCUCGCUGCUUUCCCCAAGGGAGGAGGGGGAGAAUCUGGGCUCCCCGGGGUGGUCUCUGCCAAGGAAAGCAGGAGGAGCUGACCGUUUCCCCCUUCUCAGAAGGGUAGCCGUGGGGUUCCUUCCCUGGGGUUGCCAGCGGAUCUGUUUUAUAAGGCGGACUCGGAGUUAGUUGCCGUCUUGAAGAGUUCAUUGUACAGGAGAGUUGCUGCUGUGGUGCCGAGAACAAUAAAGUAUUUUUUAUAA